GAGUUCUCCAUCCGCAGCCGCUCCCUCUACUACCUCUUCAGCCUGGGCACGGAGCUGGGCAACGAGCUCUUCUACAUCCUCUUCUUCCCCUUCUGCAUGUGGAACGUGGACGCGUGGCUGGGCCGGCGCCUCAUCAUCAUCUGGGUGUGGGUGAUGUACGUGGGCCAGUGCACCAAGGACGUGAUCCGCUGGCCGCGGCCCGCCUCGCCGCCCGCCCUCAAGCUGGAGGUCUUCUACAACUCCGAGUACAGCAUGCCCUCCACGCACGCCAUGUCGGGCACGGCCAUCCCGCUGGCGCUGCUGCUGCUCAGCUACGGCCGCUGGCAGUAUCCCCUUAUGUUUGGGCUGAUUCUUGCGUUCUCCUGGUGUUCUUUGGUUUGCUGUAGUCGAAUUUAUAUGGGAAUGCAUUCAAUUUUGGAUGUUAUUGCUGGAUUUCUGUAUGCUAUUCUCAUCUUGAUUGUCUUCCAUCCAGUUGUGGACCUGAUUGAUAACUUCAACUUAACUUACAAAUAUGCACCAUUAAUUAUCAUCAGUCUCCACUUAGCCCUGGGCAUCUUCUCUUUCACUCUAGACACCUGGAGCACCUCGCGAGGAGACACUGCCCAGAUAUUGGGCUGUGGUGCUGGUGUAGCCUGUGGCUCUCAUGUAAACUACGUCCUGGGUCUCGACCUCGACCCUGCUCCCGAUACGUUACCUUUGUCUCUCAACUCUCUCACUGUGACUACGUUUGGAAAAGCCAUAUUGCGGUUGUUGAUUGGAGUAGUAAUUUUGUUAUUAACAAAGAUAGCGAUGAAAAAAGUCACCAUCCCACUGGCGUGUAAAAUAUUCCGCAUUCCACACGAUGAUGUACGGAAGGCAAGACAGCGCAUGGAAGUUGAGCUUCCCUAUCGCUACAUUACGUAUGGAAUGGUUGGGUUCUCCCUCAUGUUUUUUGUCCCAGGUGUCUUCCAGUUUAUUGGUCUUUCCUGAUGCAGAUUCAUCCCUUUAAAUAGGGUGAGCGGAGCUAGUUGCUUUUUGAAAAGGUGCACUAGUUUGCUAAGGGAAGGCCAGUGAGUUUGGAUUGAGCAGAAGUCUUCACUUUAACAGCAAUACAUACAGGCAGAGCAUUUAAAGGACAUUGCACAUCUC